AUGGUCAUGCUGGAGAUCCUGACGGGGCUCGCGCCGGCGGCGCCGGAUCCUCACAGGCCGGGCUCCAUCGUGUACCCCGUGCAGGAGCACCUGAUGCCCAGCCACUCAGGCGCCCUCGAGCGGUGCCUCCGCCAGCUGGACGCGUCGGCGGGGUGGCCGCCCGCGCUGGCGCGAGAGAUGGUGCUCCUCGCCCUGCGCUGCGUGGAGCGCGACGACGACCUGCGGCGGCCGCGCUUCGUAGAGGUGGUGCGGAAGCUGCGGUCCAUGAGGGAGUGCUACCCGGCCUCGGCCGCGGCCCCGUGCCGCACGCUGGAGCAGCACUGCCCCGCGCCCGACAGGCACGCGCUGGAUGCGCAGCAGGGCGCGGGCGCGGCGGCCGACGCCGAAGAGACCGCCGCCACGGGUCGCCAGCAGCAGCAGCAGCAGCAGCCGCCCAGGUGGGCGGGCAAGGCCGACAGCCCUGCGGCGCCGCCGCCCCUGCCGCCCUCGCUCUUCCUGCCGCACUCCGAGGCGCCGAGGCCCGCGGCGCUGCCGUGGUGGGAGGAGGCCACGCCGAAGAACGCCCUGCCGGCGCUUGCGCCCAAGGCGCCUUUUGGCGGCGCCCGCGGGGCGUCACCUGCGAGGAGCCCCUCCUCGCCCUUGCGCCCCAGGCUCGCCUGGAAGGACGCCGCCGCCACGCCCCCGGCGCCCGCCGGCCUGCUGAACGUGCCCGUCGCGGCGCUGUCGCGGGGCUGCUCCCCGUCGAGGGUGCCGGGGGGCCGUGCCAGGAGCUCCUCGCGAGCACCUGAGGAUGGAGGCGGCGGCAGCAUGGGGCUGCCCGCGCCCGACGGGGCCACGCCAAGGGCGGGCGCGAGUUUCAGGGCCGAGGAGAUCUCGGCGUUGCCGCCGUCGGUGGCGGUCCCCGUCGAGGUGAGCUCCGACGCCCCGCAUUUGGUCGGCCCGCCGUCCGUCGGGGCGCUGUCGCAGUCCAGCCCGAGUAGGACCCGCGGCUUCUCGGUCGCCUCCUCGGCAGUGGAUGUGUCCGCGGCCUCCGCCGUGGUGGCGGCGAGGGGCGCGCCGUUCCUGCUGGAGCUGGUGUUUGCGGAGGGCCUCGACGUCGGCAGCGUCCCGCCAGAGCUCCGGUUCCUGCCCCUCGUGCCCGCGGCGGGAUCUCCCGUCGGGACCGGGUCCGAGGCGCCCCGCUUCGCGCCGGUGGGGCGCUCCCACCACCCGGAGGUCCUGGAGGCGUGGCUUCCCAGCCUGGAGCUGCGCAACUGCAUCUCACGCACCGCUUUCGAGGUCUCCUGGACCCCGGGCUCCAGCGACGCCAGACGGAUCGGAGUGCUUGUCGCAGCGGGGGUGGCGACGACGCGCGCCCGCGUCGCUCUCGCAGACAGCCUGCUGACUAUGAUCGAGAUCGGCGACGUGACCGACGGGACGAGCGCGACCGCCGAUCCCCUCCAGCGCGCUGACCCCUGGCACCAUCGGGAGGGCAUGCAGACCAACAGCAGCGUCCUCCACCAGCUCAACCAGCAGGUGCCUCUACCCGGGCUGGACCUCCCGCUGCUGGUUCAUUCGAAGCGCCUGCAUCCGUCUGUCUAUGCGAAGCUCACGGCCCAUGUUGACUUUACGUGCGGGGAGUUCAUGCGCACUACUGCUCGCACGGUCGCCGAGACGAUCCAUGCGGAGACGAAGGUCGUCUCCGAGAGGGUUGGCGUGGCAGAAGGUGAGAUUGCGCAGCUUCGACGACGUAUUGCUGAUUCUGAACGGGAAGAAGAGGCUCAACGAACGGCCAUCGGCGAGAUCAAUCGGACUCUCGCGAUCGCGGAGGCCCAGCUCCUGGUCCCCGACGUCAUUGCGGAUGCGGGCUUCCACAGGCUCCCCGACCUCUCGGUCUUCGCCAUCGGUGCUCCCGACCUAAAGGCCACCCAGCUCUCGUGGGUUGAUCCUGCGGUGGCGUCGCUGGUGGCCGAUGCACCUGCCGAGAGAUUCGCGCUUCGGCAACUGGGCGGCAAGGUGAUCACCUCACCAAGGACGACGGCGUUGGCCAGAUGUCUUAAGGUCGCUGGCGGCGCGUGGAGGCAAUUCGGUACUUCGGCGGUCUCGGGACAAACCAUCCCGCUCCUUGUGUCCACGGGCCGCGGCCCCAGGCAGAUCGGGCAGGAAAGUCAGGCGCGUCGGCUUCGUCUGCUUCUCGAGGGCGCCCGGGCGCAGACGGACUUCCGCCCGCGCGAGCAGACAGGGCGGGUUUCUGUCGCUGGAGUUCCUCUGGCGCGCCUCGACAUCGGCGCGGCAGCCCGCGGCGACGCCGAGGUCGUUUGGAAUUUCCCACGGGCGCGAGCCCUUCAGCUCGACGCAGACGGCCUCGAGCGAGCCUUUCAUGGCGUAGUAUUUGGCCCGCCGUCGGUGAAGGUUGUCUCCUGGGACGCGCGGGUUUUCCUCGCGGUCCACGCGGAGAAGCGCAAGAACAUUCUGUCCUUCAUAGCACCCUGCCCUAUCCUCGGAUGCGAUACGUUGUACUCCUGCAAGAGGUUCAUGGCUCUCCUGCGCGGCCUUGACGCCGUCGUUGACAGGUUCUUCACGUACGAGCUCUCCCUCGUCAAGUUCCGCUUCUUCUCCGAGUUCCGCUCCGAUUUCAAGUCGCGCAUCGGCGUCGAGCUCUUCCCCUUCAAGUACCGCGUCCUCUUCAUGUUCCGCGUCCAGGUCUACGGCGCGGCAAAGGCCGCCUACUUCCGCCAGCUCGGGUUCGGCCAUGUGAAGUUCCUCAGCAUCUUCGAGCUCUUCUUCCCCCCUUAUCGCGCCCGAUGCGCCCUGGGCUGCUGCGGCACAGAUGAGAUCCAACACUACCUCGAGUGCGAGCGUCUGGUUCAUCGCACCUGCCUCCCGAGAGCCUUCACCCACGGCGCUGCGCUGGCCCGUCUUGGCCCCGGGAACCCAGAUGAAUGUCCCAAGGGUGAUCGGCGCGAGCGCUUUCUCUGGGUCACGGUGCGCCAUCUCUGCUUGUCCUACUACAUGGUCCUCGAGCUGACGAGCCUCCCUGGCGGCGCACCGCUGGGCAAUCCCCAGCUGGACGACUCCGAUCAGUGGCUCGCGUGGUGCCUCCCUUUCGUGUUCACGCAGUCCGACGCGCGGGACUUCGACUACCUCUUCCCCCAGAUGGGCGAUGAUGCGCACGAGGCCGUCAAGCAGCGCAUUGCGGAAGACGCCCGCAGGGCUUCGUGGUCUGGCCCAUCCCAGCAGCGAGCCGCCAUCGAGGCCUCGCUCCUUGACGGAGGCGCUGAUCCUGCCACUCGUGCUGCGGAGAUCAAUCGCCGGAGGCUUCUCUACGAGCAGCUGCGUGCGCCUGUGCCUGCCAACUCGGGUGGCCGCGGCAACUUCAUGGACAACGCUGCCACUUCGAGUGGCCAUGACUACAUCAUAGGCGACGGCGUCCCCGCCGCGGUCUCCGUCGCGAACAUCCGCGACAUGACCAUCAUGACCGUCUUCAAAGGCUGA